AUGGGUUUGAUGAACAAGAUAUUCUCCCUGUCCACAAGUUUAGUGGGACUAGAGCAACAACAAAAGGCUAAAGCACUGAAAUCAAGAUCUUCUCAAGAACAACAACAUCACCAACCAUCAUCUGCAGCUGCAUCUACACAACCACGUAAAUCUGUUUCUCCACCUCGAGAGAGAAAAGUCCCUGCUUCUAAUCACAAGAACACCAGUCACACUAGCAUUCCAGAACAUGAAAAUGAAGACGUACUAUCCCAAGCAGAUGAAGACGAUAUAAUCACUCCUUUGCGAGAGAUUAAACAUCCUCAACCACAACGCCCUCAGCAGCAACAACAGCAACAACAACAACAACAAUCAGGAACACCAUUGACUACAAAUAGUCUACGUUCAAAUAAUUCAUCUCCAAAAUUGUCUAGUACUAGAUCACACUCUCCAACUAAUGUCUUAUCGUCAACUACAACAUCCCCAUUACUGUUGUCAUCAUUAGAUAAAGAACUCAAAAAGCAUGAAAUCUCCUCAAAUCCUGCUGUUCCAGUGGCAAUCACUUCAAAUGAAAAGAUUAGUAAUACUAAACCAUCUCCAAACGUUUCUCGUUCAUCUUCUGUUAGAAAACAACCUGUUUCAAGAUCAACCUCUGUUAAACAGAGAUCAAAUUCCAUUUCCUCCAAUCCAAGUUUAACUUCAUCAACACCGUCAGUAAGCAAUUUGCCAAGAUUUGUGUUGCUUGAAAAUGGUAAUCAUGAACAUCAUUUACGUUCAGCAAAACGUCAAGAAAAGCUUUCUAAUAUGUUGAAGGAUCUCUUGGGGGCCAAGAAAUUGAGAGACGAAGCUAAAAGUGCAGUACCUGAUUUGUUACAAGGUGCUAUGCAAUCAUCCACCAGUCAAUUACAGCAACAACAACAACAACAAGAUAGUACUGCUCCUGUGAAACCGCCUACUUUAUUUGCUGGUUUGGUCAAUCAUGUGAAGAACAAUACUAGUCCUUACCAUAAACCAGGAACUACUGAAGUUGUUUGUAGUAGUACACCGAUGGCAUCAUCUGCUAAUGUCAAUGCAGCUACUGGACCUGAUUGUCGGUCAUUUGCUGAAAAGUAUGGUAGAUGUCAAGAGGUUAUUGGUCGUGGUUCCUUUGGGGUUGUCAGAAUCUCUCAUAAGAAAGUGGAUUCAUCCCCUACAGAGAAAUUGUUUGCUGUCAAGGAAUUUAAACGUCGACCAAAUGAAAGUGAAAAGAAGUAUAACAGAAGAUUGACUUCUGAAUUUUGUAUUUCAUCAUCGUUGAAACACAAUAAUAUUAUUGAUACUUUGGAUUUAUUAAAGGAUGCCAAGGGUGAUUAUUGUGAAGUUAUGGAAUUUUGUUCAGGUGGUGAUCUUUACACCUUGAUUAUUGCUGCUGGUAAAUUGGAGUAUGCUGAAGCAGAUUGUUUCUUUAAACAAAUGAUUAGAGGUGUUAAUUAUAUGCAUGAUAUGGGUGUUGCCCAUCGUGAUUUAAAGCCAGAAAAUUUAUUGUUGACUCAAAAUGGUGUUUUAAAAAUUACUGAUUUUGGUAACAGUGAAUGUUUUAAGAUGGCUUGGGAAAAAGAGAUUCAAUAUUCAGAUGGUAUUUGUGGGUCAUCUCCUUAUAUUGCUCCAGAAGAAUAUAAUCAGGAUUCAUUUGAUCCAAGAUGUGUUGAUAUUUGGUCAUGUGGGGUUAUUUAUAUGGCGAUGAGAACUGGUCGUCAGUUGUGGAAAUUGGCUGAUCCAACGAAGGAUGAAUUUUUUGAAGAGUAUCUUGUCAAGAGAAAAGAAUCCACUGGAUAUGAACCAAUUGAAAGCUUGAAGAGAGCACGUUGUCGAAAUGUUAUUUAUUCCAUAUUGGAUCCAAAACCUGAACGAAGAAUAACUGGUAAACAAAUUUUGAAUAGUGAAUGGGGUAGAGAAAUUAAAGUUUGUGAAGCUGGUGAAGGACAUGUACAUGACUAG